CUGUUUCCUGCCAAUCUUGUUGCUGCAGCUUUCCGAACGUAUGCGACAGAGUAUAAGUUGGUGCUCAGAAACACUACCUCUGGAAACCUCACGCAAGAGAAGAUCCCUGUUGGUACUGAGAUUGAAGGGAUGAAUAUCCUGGGACUGGUGCUGUUCGCUCUGGUUUUAGGAGUAGCACUGAAAAAGCUUGGCCAGGAAGGGGAAGAUCUGAUUCGCUUCUUUAAUUCAUUCAAUGAGGCAACUAUGGUCUUGGUUUCCUGGAUUAUGUGGUAUGUACCUAUUGGCAUUAUGUUCCUUGUUGGGAGCAAGAUUGUGGAAAUGGAAGAUAUUGUGCUUCUGGUGACCAGUCUGGGAAAAUACAUCUUUGCCUCUAUUUUGGGCCACUUCAUCCAUGGAGGAAUCAUUCUGCCACUUAUUUAUUUUGCAUCCACACGUCAAAAUCCGUAUCGUUUUCUCUUAGGACUUAUCACACCAUUUGCCACUGCUUUUGCCACUUGCUCCAGCUCAGCCACCCUCCCAUCGAUGAUCAAGUGUAUUGAGGAGAACAAUGGAGUUGACAAGAGAAUCAGCAGGUUUAUCCUUCCUAUCGGGGCCACUGUAAACAUGGAUGGAGCUGCUAUUUUUCAGUGCAUGGCAGCUGUGUUUAUUGCUCAGCUAAACAAUGUCGACCUCAAUCCUGGGCAAAUCUUCACGAUUCUUGUGACAGCCACAGCCUCCAGCGUGGGCGCCGCCGGGAUCCCCGCCGGAGGAGUCCUCACCAUCGCCAUCAUCUUGGAGGCCAUUGGGCUUCCCACCAACGACCUGUCCUUGAUAUUAGCCGUGGACUGGAUUGUGGACCGAACCACCACAGUUGUGAAUGUGGAAGGGGAUGCCCUAGGAGCAGGCAUCCUUAAUUACCUGAACCAAAAGGAAAAGAAAGAAAAAGAGCAGGAGCUCAAGGAAGUCCACGUGGAAGCAGUUGCUAACAGCAAGGCUGAAGGGGAAACAUCACCUUUGGUAACCCACAAAAACCCAGUCUCCAACACUACCAGUACAGCAGACCCUGAAUCCAAGGAAUCAGUAUUGUGA